CUGCCUUGAGAAUCCAUGGGGAGAGUGAAGAGGCUGGCCAUGGCGCUGUAGCGAAGUUCGACAGGGGAAAUACGGCAGGACCAGAAAAACAAACAAAAAAGACUAUUGUGUAAAUUGUUUUUGGUUAUAAGUGCUCUUACGUCGCUGGAAGUAACCUUGGGCUACUUAUUUUUGGAAGUGAGUUGAUUCGCAGGAGAGCAACGAUUGUUUUUGUAUCAGAACAGGAAGCCAGCCUACUUGCGUGAGCAAUACAUACAAAGUUACACCUCCUAGCCCACUGGACAUGCUAGUGUGAUACUCAGGUCUGGGACGACUCCAGUCGCUACGAUGGAACACUGGAAUUAAGGAAUUUGGGACUCCUGAUUUUGGGGAAUAUUUUAGCUGUCUGACAGCGUUUUGGAUUAACAAGUAAAUUCGUCUCCUUUCCGUGUGUUGUGAAAACGGAUAGUCGGCAGUCAUGCCAGCGAAAACAAAGUACAAUCUAGUUGAUGAUGGCCAUGAUUUGAGAAUUCCAUUGCAUAACGAGGAAGCAUUCCAACAUGGGAUCAACUUCGAAGCCAAGUACAUCGGCAGUCUGGACGUGGCGCGGCCGAACAGCAGAGUGGAGAUCGUAGCUGCAAUGAGAAGAAUACGGUAUGAAUUCAAAGUGAAGAACAUCAAGAAGAAGAAGGUCAACAUCAUCGUCUCAGUGGAUGGAGUGAAGGUGGCGCUCAGAAAAAAGUUAAAAAAGAAGGAGUGGACGUGGGAUGAGAGUAAGAUGAUGGUGAUGCAGGAUCCCAUUUACAGGAUCUUCUAUGUGUCUCAUGACUCCCAGGACCUGAAGAUCUUCAGCUACAUCGCCAGAGACGGACAGAGUAACAUCUUCCGUUGUAACGUCUUCAAGUCCAAGAAGAAGUCCCAGGCCAUGCGUAUCGUGCGGACGGUGGGCCAGGCAUUCGAGGUGUGUCAUAAACUCAGCUUGCAACACACACACCAGAACGCAGAUGGACAGGAGGACGCAGACAGUGACAAGACCUGCAACGAGGAGUCCACGCUCUCAGCCCGGGAGUUAACAGGAGCGGAGAAGUCGGCGGUUGCUGUGGAGACAGACAUCGAUGCGGAGGAGGCUCCCUUACCAUUACCGGACAGUACGGUUGAGGAGUUUAACCGCGGCGUCACUGACCUGGACGGAGUGGAUGCUACCGCCAACACUGACCACACACACCUCAACAACAUCGACAAUGACAAGAAGGUUCCAGAGGAGGCCUCUCUGCUGCUGGCGUCCCCCAGGAUGCUGCUGCCGUCAUCGGGUAUUCUGCCUCCCAGCACCCCCCUGUCAGUCCACCACCAGAUCCAACUGCUACAGCAACAACUACAGCAACAACAGCAACAGACACAUGUAGCUGUGGCACAGGUAGGACUGAGACACACACACACACACACACACGUUUGUGUAUGUUAACAGAUGGUGUUUGUAGUACUGUGGAUGGGUGAGGAGGUCUUGUUGUUUGAACUACAGUGAGAUGGUCAUUACCAUAACAAAUGGUGUUUUAACCUUGCCCCGGUGUACUGUGUGUUUGUGUGUGGUUCCCUCCUAGCUACCAUCUUGUUUGUC